UAGACUCAUAGGCUAUACAUUAUUUAGCAAAUUCUCUUUAUUAUUAUGCAUGGCGUUUUAAUUUAUAAAGAAUUGACAUUAUAUUGCACAUUGCUGAAACAAGACGUGUAAAAGUUGCUGUUUUAAUGCUGCUGUUAUUAACACGGUGAGGUCAGGGGAACCGGGGGUCGGUGCGCUCGUGUGCGCUUGCGCAUCCGCACGCGCGAGCUGCUCCGUUUUCCCCCCUAAAUCAUUUUUUUCUCCGCCGGCAUUUUGGCGGCGAUAUUGUUUAAAUGCGAGCGUAGUGCGAGCUGUGCGGCGAUGCCGGAGCGAAUGAGUCGCUGAAGGUGGAGACUUUGUAGAGGAUGCUGUCGUUUAGGUCCCUCCAUUCAUCCUUAUGGAGCGAACGGGAGCUGCUGCCUUGAGUCUCGCGCUGCUGGUGAAGGCGCUCGCGGUGCAUUAAACGGCUACAACAAGUUAGCCGGGUUUAUUCUUAGACUGGGGUGAAGGAGGAAGACCUAGAGCCAUGUCUGCGCGAGAACGGCUGAAGGCGAGGAUGACUAAGGACAGCGUUACACUGCUGCCCUGCUUCUAUUUCGUGGAGCUUCCUAUCCUGGUGUCGUCUGUAGUGAGCCUUUACUUUCUGGAGUGGACGGAUAUUUUUAAACCGGUGCGCUGGGGAUUCGCCUGUCAUGACCGAAGUCUGAGUUUACCAUACAUCGAGCCCACGCAUGAGGUCAUUCCCUUCCUCAUGCUCCUCAGCCUGGCAUUCGCUGCACCUGCCAUCACGAUAAUGAUCGGAGAAGGCAUUCUGUUCUGCUGUCUGUCCAGAACCCAGAGCGGCCCUGGAGCUGAAGCAGACAUCAAUGCAGCCGGCUGCAACUUCAACUCAUACGUCCGCCGUGCCGUCAGGUUUGUGGGGGUUCAUGUGUUUGGCCUCUGUGCCACUGCUCUGAUAACAAACAUCAUCCAGCUGUCAACGGGUUACCCAGCACCCUACUUCCUCACGGUCUGCAAACCCAACUACACCCAUCUGAAUUCCUCCUGCACUGAGAACUCCUUCAUCCUGGAGGAUAUCUGCUCUGGGGCUGACACUGCCGUCAUCAACGCUGGGAGAAAAUCCUUCCCUUCCCAGCAUGCAACACUGGCCUCCUUUGCUGCAGUCUACAUCUCAAUGUAUUUCAACAGUACUCUGACAGACUCCUCUAAACUGCUGAAGCCUCUGCUAGUCUUCUCCUUCAUCAUCAGCGCCAUCAUAUGUGGCCUGACACGCAUCAUCCAGCACAAGAACCAUGCCAUGGAUGUCUACCUGGGAUUCCUCCUUGGAGGUGGCAUUGCUGUUUAUUUGGGUCUGUAUGCUGUGGGGAAUUUCCAGCCCAGUGAGGAGAAGCACACCAGUGAACCUCAGGUUCUGGUUCCUGUCCGGGCCCUGACGGAUCUGGGCCAGCGGGCUGGCCACCACCUGCCUGCAAAAAGCUGCAGCAGUAGCGACGGCCUCUCCUCGUCCCAUUCAGAGGGCAUCUUGCACCGCAACCCGCAGGCCCGACAGACCAACUCCCUCACCAACCUGAAGAGAUCCAGCGCAGACGUGGAAGUAAUCACCCCCCAGAUCCCUGUGGGCAGGGAGAGCAUGGUGACCUUCAGCAAUACUCUGCCCAGGAUGUACUCUCCGGCCCUGGAUGAUGUCCGCCGUGCCGCCACCAUCCACGCCACCAUGGACUCCAGCCGCUCCAAACAGCUACUGUCGCAGUGGAAGAGUAAGAAUGAAAACAGAAAACUCUCCCUACAGGCCACAGAAAACGGGCCAGGCCCGUCCCCCUCCAGCAGCAUGGAGACUCGCUCCAGCUCAGAGCCGUCUGCCGUCGGUAUCAACGAGGAACUCCAGGGUCCUGGAGCUCCAUGUUACAAACUGGCCACUGGAAGUACUACAUUACCUAGCAAUGCCAGCGGUAUUGCUGGAGGUGCUAGGAUAUCCCUUCAGUCCAGGCCAGGUUCUUCCCAGCUGGUGCACAUCCCAGAGGAGACCCAGGAGGGCAUCGGCACCUCACCGGGAGGCAACGUACGAGACAAGUGGCUGAAGAGCAUGGAGAAGAAUGCAGCGGCAGCACCUGUAAGGACUAACGUCAAUGGACAGCCACGAAUCAUGCAAGUCAUCGCCAUGUCCAAACAGCAGGGUCUGCUGCCCACAGGAUCACCCAGUUCUGAGAGCAGCCACACCAGCUCUACUGCUCCUCUGCAUCGAUACAAGAGCCUGACAGAGGAGUCUGCGUCAGGGGCUGCCAGUCAAGGCUCUACAGGGGCGAUAGUGAGAGUAGAGGCUCACCCAGAGAACGGGCGUCCAUUGGUGCAUGCCCAUUCCACCGAUGGCAGCAGCUCCUGGGCCUGGAAGUCUCAGAGCAGCUUCAGGCAGUCCUUUGAGCUUAAUGACCUAAACCGAGACUCUGAAAGCUCUGAGUCUUUUAGGGACGGCUUCAGUUCAACAGACAGAAAAAGAAGCAACUCAAGUGCUCCAAUCCCUGUCACAGUGCCAACGGUCCCCACCAUCUCCGCUGUUUCCACUGUACCCAACUCGGUAGGGGACCAGCACCCUCAUCAGGCCAUCUCCACCAUCCGGGUCACCCCCAUGGAGAGCACCGAGAGCGGCCCAGAGAGCCGGGACUCCACUCUGAACAGGAAAAGCAAAAGCAAUAUGAUCCUGAUCCCCGAAAGAGGGAACAGCCCCGACAACACCAGGAACAUUUUCUACAAGGGCACUUCCACCACCCCAGCUUUUAAAGAGUAGCCAGCCAUUAAAGGCCUUGUCACUGUUUAUUAAUGAAAAGUAAAAAAAAAAAAAAAAAAAAAAAAAAGAAAUGUGUGGUCUGGUCAUCAGGCCUCACAUUCAUCACACUGUGGUAUUUACUGUCUCUAUCCAGAACAGUUUGUUUUAUUGUUCUUUUUUGCACUCUAUUUUGAAUAGUCUACAUUUAUUUUGAUGACUCCAACCAUCUCAAACCAUGCAUGAGAUCACUGGUUUCACUGGAUUGUUAUGAAGUAGCCACAGUGACACAAAAGCAAGCACAAACCUAGAACUGUUUGGAGGCUAAUGGCCCUUCUGUAAACAAAGAGAUAUAUUGUAGCAUAUCAGACAAUUAUUCUAUGUGACACACUGUGAAAAAGAACUAGUGCCAAGUCUUUGAAACACUGUAAAGCAUCGCAUAUGUUUCACCUUUAUAAAAGUCAUUUUUCAUUGAUUAUACUAGCCCCUAUCUUUUGUAAUGUAAAUAUUCCCUGAAAAUUGGUGCUGCCCCAUCUAAACCACAAACCAUGUGAAAUGCUGUAUGUCAGUAAGAAAAAAAAGCAACCUUUCCAAGCUGGAUCUUGAAAACCAAGAAAAAUGACAUCAUACUCCUAGCUGUGCACUCUUGAGAAACCUGUGUUUUGAGAAGCUUUUUAAUGACCAUAAGUGCUUAGAACAUACGCUGUAGCUAAUGAUGAUAUAGUCUUGAAGAACCAUGCACUAUAUCCUCCUACUUGCAAUACAAAGGAUUUCUUCUGGUUUUUUUUUUCUUUUCUUAAAACUAUGACCCCGUUUACACCUGUUCACUUUAUGUCACUAGUAUCUGGAUUGUAUUCUUGGGCAAAUGCAUUUACGCUUAAUCAAAUGUGUCUCUGUCUCAUUUCUUUAGACUAAGGGAGGCGAACAGCUACAGUAGGCUAUGUUGACUUCGGCCUGCCUAUGCUCUCCCUACCACAAUAACUAUUUUUGGAUGAUAUAUUCCCAGACAUAAUUAAGAUAAAUAAUAUAUUGUCAGUAUAAGCCCAUUCCAUGCUACUGAUAAAUUAAUAAUAUAAAAACAUAAAAAAUAUAACAUUUUAUAGAGCACUGAGUAUUUAACUAUUAAGAAUAUUUAUUAAUUGGAAUUAAUAUAUUAAAUAAUAUAUAUAUUUUUUAAGCAAAGUUAGCAUACACUGACUGUAAUUUAAAAAAAGGGAGUAUUAGAGAGGAGUAAUGCAUAUUCGCGCCAUGAUCAAGAUCAUGUCCAUAUAUUCUAAUAUAAAUUGCUAACAUAAUUAUCAUGACAUGCCUAGCUGCUUGGGGAGAAGUUUUGUUGUAUAGGGAGGAGUUUUGAGCUGUUAAAUGCUCUUUGGAGGGAUGAUGUGUUGAAUUUGUUUCUAUUUUAAAUGUAUUUUGGGUGUGUUUAAACUUCCAAUUUAAUGUGGCUUGGCUGUGUCAUGAUACAAUCUUUUUUUUAAUACUUUAUUUUCAAAAUUUACCAAAGGCCAUUUACCCUACUCACCUCCCCAAUGAGUAGUAAUUCCCCAAACACUGGGAGGGUAAAGACUAGCACAUGCCUCCUCCGACACAUGUGAUGUCAAUCAUUGCCUCUUUUCAAUGGGUAGCCAGAGAAACGCUCUGAGGAAAGCGCAGCACCCCAGCUUCAAUACAACAGCUAACAGAAGUCUGUGCUGACCAACAUUACACUGGCUGCAAACCAGCAAUCCUCAAAUCAUAGUGACGGCGCCAGAUACAAUCCUGAUGCUCAAAGACACAUUAAGUGACCGAGUCUACGUAGAAGUAAACGGGGUGUAUGUUAUGUUAUCAGGACUUCCGAAUUAACUCAACUUGUGUCUCUUGCUUUUAACAGCACAGAUUUGCUUGACUUUGCUGUUUUAAAUGAUUUAGGGAACACUUUCUGUCUCUCACGCGAGUGAAAAGGGCAGCGUGUGUUCAGUAUGUUAUGUUCCGUGGUAAAUGACGGUAAAUGAAGGUAAAUGGGUCACCGUCUUCCUUUAGCAUGUAUGAUGGAACAGGGCGGUCAGUGACACACCACUCCACUGCUACUGUAAGCUCAGUCACAGCAUGGGUCUCCAGCUGCUCUGUUUACUACUUGUGCAUUUUGCACUUGAGUGAACAAAGUGAGGCAGAGUAAUGGAGGGAGUGUAAAUGUUAGGUGUCGGCUCCUUCCGUGUGUUACAGUCUUAAUAUAUGCUGUUAAUAUUUCCUCUAACACACUUUUAUUUCAGUUCUUGUGGGCCUAGUUAACCAUUCAGUCCCUGUCUGUUGUUGAUUCUUACUGCACUACACUGUAGGUUUAAAUGUCCAUUUCUUUAUUUAAAGCGUGUUUAUGUUAAUUUUAAUGGAUAUAUACACAUGGUCAAUUUUAGUAAAAAAAAAAAAAAAAAGGAGUAUUAAAGAAAAUAAAACGAAUGACCUAUUUUUAGAUUUGCCUAUCAAACGUGGUAUCAUAUCGACGAUGAAAUAGAAUCUGUUUAUUUUAAUAGACACAAAGAUUAUUAAUUUAUUUGACACUGAUUUUUCCUGUGUGACUUUUUAUAAAGUGUAUAUAAAUGUGCCAAAGGGUAUUUUACAAGGGAAUAGUCUGUGUUUUCCUAUAGUAUUUCUAUAUCAGCCUGUAUUCUUCUGUACCACAUAUACUGUGUCAGCACAGCUAUAGCAUCUGCAUGACGAUGAUUUGAUAAUCCGCACUUUUACUUUGUCCUCUUUUUUGUAAACAGUAUACUACCGUAGCUGCAGGAUAUGUAGGCUAAUUAUUUCUACUGGACAUGAAUUCUAAUGAACUAUUGGUUGACAAUCUUUGUGGGUGUGUUCCUUUACAGCAGAUCUCUGUUAAUUAGAGUAGCAGCCUCUCGACACAAUGGAUAGGCAUUUGAAUUGUCUGUGUGUGUGCAUUUGUUUUUUAAGGAAUGCAUCAAGCAUGCUGUGUUCUGAGACAGCUGUGGGACGCUGCCCUGAAAUACUGUGUUGUUAGGUUAGCUGUGUACGGGAAACAAACCCAGCCAAGCCCAUUCCACUGAUCUGGCUCAAGGUUAAUGCCUUCGAGAGCUCUUCUUCUGCAUCAUUGUGCCAGGUCUUCUUACAACUUCGGGAUUGAUGGAGAAGAACGGUGUGAUGUUUCAGUGUUUUAAAAAUAAAUAAAUGUUUGUUAUGUUC